UUGUAGGAGACAGAGCUUUCUCUCUCUCUCAGAGUCGUGUCAGCCUCUUGCUGCUGCCACCUCUGCCUGAGGCCUGGGUGUCCUGCGCUAGCUGCUGCCCAUCUUCCUCGCCCAGCAGGCUGAGAGAAAACUUUGUCAGCAGAGAGUGGACCAGGAGGGCUUAGCCCUUCCUUUGCCUCCCAACUCUCCUUGAACUCAGCCCCUCAGGGGAACAAACACCCAGAAAGACCACAAGCUAGACAGGUCCUCCUGAGCCUGGAGACUCCCACAAGGAUGCUCUAGAACUCUCUCUCUGUCCCUCCUGCUGCUGGUCCUUGGGGCCAACUGCUCCCCUGUGCCCCAGUCCCUCCCGUGGCCUGGAGCCCCCUCCACUGGGACCAGGGGAGGUGAGUUUGGAGACGGACAAGGAAGGUAGGGUGCUUGUGAGCAAGCACCGAACGAGGCAAAGCCAAGAGAAGACUAAGGCAAUAAAUAAGGACAGAAAGGCAGCGACAGACCCCAGCUGGGUGCCGGUGUGAGAGUCAGUGCUGCCUCCAGGUCUGAAGAUGCUUCCUGUCCUCUCAGUUUGGCUGUGGCUGCUGUUAUUGUUGCCUGAGGCCAAGGCGCUGAAGAUAACCCCCUAUGGCUCAGAGUUCAUCCUCAACGUCUCCAGCACCUUUGUCCUGACUUGCACCGGGGAUGCCCCAGUGGUCUGGGAAAAGAUUCCUCAGCAGAGUCCACCACCUGUUCUUGAGGCCCAGGAUGGCACCUUCUCCAGCAUCUUGACCCUCGCCAAUGUCACUGGCUUUGACACGGGAGAGUACAUCUGUUCCUACAAUGGCUCCCAAGGCCUGGAGUUUGGUGGGCAGAAGCGGAUCUACAUCUUUGUGCCAGACCCCUCGGUGGGCUUCCUCCCUGUGGAUCCUGAAGAGCUGUUCAUCUUUUUCACGGGAGACAGUGAGACAACAAUCCCAUGUCGAGUGACUGACCCAAAGCUGGUGGUGACACUGCACGAGAAGAAGGUGGACGUGUCAUUGCCUGUUCCCUAUGACCCCCAGCGUGGCUUCACUGGGCCCUUUGAGGAUAAAACCUACAUCUGCAAAACCAUCAUUGAUGAGAGGGAGGUAGACUCUGACGCCUAUUAUGUCUACCGGAUCCAAGUCUCAUCCAUCAAUGUCUCAGUGAAUGCAGUUCAGACUGUGGUGCGGAAGGGUGAGAACAUCACUGUCCUCUGCAUCGUGAAGGGUAAUGAGGUGGUGAACUUUGAUUGGACCUACCCUCGAAUGGAGAGCAAGCGGCUGGUGGAGCCAGUGACAGAUUUCCUGUCGGGGGUAGAGUAUGACAUCCGCUCCAUACUGCAUAUCCCCAGUGCUGAGCUGGGAGAUUCUGGUACCUAUGUAUGCAAUGUCUCAGAGAGCUACAAUGGCCACAGGGACAUGAAAGGGGUCAACGUCACUGUGGUUGACAAAGGGUUUGUGAGGUUUCUGGGGGAGUUGGAUGAGCUGGAGUUUGCCGAGCUGCACAAGAGUCGAACACUACAGAUGUUCAUCGAAGCCUACCCUGCUCCCACCAUUGUUUGGCUCAAGGACAAUCAGACUCUGGGCUCUGGGACUGCCAGUGAGAUCUCUAUUUCCACCAGGAAUUUAUCUGAGACAAGGUAUGUGUCAGAGCUGACCCUAGUGCGGGUAAAGGUGAAUGAAGGGGGUCAUUAUACCCUCAGAGCCUUCCAUGAUGAUGAUGCUGACUCAUUCUCCUUCCAGUUGCAGAUCAACGUUCCUGCUAGGGUGAUGGAUCUGAUUGAGAGCCACCUCAGCAGUGGGGAGCAACUCCUCACUUGCCGAAGCCAGGGAAUGCCACAGCCUGUCCUCAGCUGGUUCAGUUGCAGUGAUUUUAAGAGGUGUCCCCGUGAUGUUCUGCCUACCCCACUGGGGAACAGCUCCACAGAGGAAACCCAGCUGGAAACCAACGUGACCUACUGGGAGCAAAAGAAAUUGUUUGAGGUGGUCAGCAUCCUGCGCUUGCAACGUGUGGACCAGCCCCUCUCCGUCAUCUGCGACGUGCACAACCUCCUGGGGAGAGAUAGCAAGGAAGUCACCAUUGUUCCACACUCUCUGCCCUUCAAGGUGGUUGUGAUCUCAGCCAUCCUGGCCUUAGUGGUCCUCACAAUCAUCUCCAUGGUCAUCCUUGUCAUUCUGUGGCAGAAGAAACCCCGCUACGAGAUCCGCUGGAAGGUGAUUGAAUCUGUGAGUUCCGAUGGGCACGAAUACAUCUACGUGGACCCCAUGCAGCUGCCUUAUGACUCCAGCUGGGAACUGCCCCGAGAGCGGCUUGUGCUCGGCCGCACACUUGGCUCUGGGGCCUUUGGGCAAGUAGUGGAGGCCACAGCCCAUGGGCUGAGCCACUCCCAGGCCACCAUGAAGGUGGCUGUCAAGAUGCUGAAAUCCACUGCCCGGAGCAGUGAGAAGCAGGCCCUUAUGUCGGAGCUGAAGAUCAUGAGCCAUCUCGGGCCCCAUCUGAACAUUGUCAACCUGCUGGGGGCAUGCACCAAAGGAGGCCCCAUCUACAUCAUCACAGAGUACUGUCGUUACGGAGAUCUUGUAGACUACCUACAUAGAACCAAGCACACAUUCCUGCAGCAGUGCCCUGAGAAAGGAGGCCCUUACCAGUCCUCAGAGGUCCUGGACCAUCCUGACCAUCAGUUUCACAGGCAAACAUCCCUAUCAGGAGAGAGUGAUGGAGGCUACAUGGACAUGAGGAAGGAUGACUGUGUGGACUAUGUACCAAUGCUGGGCAUGAAGGGGGAGAUCAUGUAUGUGGAUAUUGAAUGCUCCAGCUACAGCUCACCCUAUGAUAGCUAUGCACCCUCUGUUCCUGAGAGAUCCUACAGGGCAACCCUGAUCAACGAGUCUCCUAUUCUCAGCUACAUGGACCUUGUGGGCUUCAGUUACCAGGUGGCCAAUGGCAUGGAGUUCCUGGCUUCCAAGAAUUGCGUCCAUCGAGACCUGGCAGCCAGGAAUGUGCUUAUCUGUGAGGGCAAACUUGUCAAGAUCUGUGACUUUGGCCUGGCCCGGGACAUCAUGCGUGACUCUAACUACAUCUCCAAGGGCAGUACUUUCCUGCCCCUGAAGUGGAUGGCUCCAGAGAGCAUCUUCAACAGCCUGUACACCACCCUGAGUGAUGUAUGGUCCUUUGGCAUCCUUCUCUGGGAGAUCUUCACGCUGGGUGGCACCCCUUAUCCAGAGUUGCCCAUGAACGAGCAGUUCUACAAUGCCAUCAAGCGUGGUUACCGCAUGGCCAAGCCCACCCAUGCCUCAGAAGAGAUCUAUGAAAUCAUGCAGAAGUGUUGGGAGGAGAAAUUCGAGAUUCGACCCUCCUUCUCUCAGCUGGUCAUCCUGAUGGAGGGCCUCCUGGGGGAGGGCUACAAGAAGAAGUACCAGCAAGUAGAUGAAGAAUUUCUGAGGAGCGACCACCCAGCCAUUCUGAGGACCCGAGCCCAGCUCCCUGCCUUUGGUGGCCCAAGGGGUCCCCUCGACACCAGCUCUGUCCUCUAUACAGCUGUACAGCAGAAUGAGGGGGACAAUGAUUACAUCAUCCCCCUGCCAGACCCUAAGCCUGAAGGACCAGAUGCGGUCCCACUGGAGGGUUCCCAUAGCCUUGCCAGCUCUACCCUGAAUGAAGCCAACACAUCAUCCACCAUCUCCUGUGAUAGCCCCCUGGAGCAGCAGGAAGAACUAGAACCAGAGCCAGAGGAGCCACAGCCAGAACUGGAGCCAGAGCCAAAGCCAGAGCCCCCGCUGGAGCCAGAAGCAGAGCCCAGGCCAGGCCUGGGGCGCCAGGAUCGGGGGCAGCCUGAGGUAGAGGAUAGCUUCCUGUAGCUGGGCCCCCCCAGGAGAAGAGCAGGUAUCCCCAGCCCUGCCCCUGCUCUGUGGACCCUCCUCUCUAUUUCUUCUUCCCAGAUGAAUGCUGGCCUCCCUCAUGGGUGAAGAGGGGAGGGGACGCCUGGUCCUUUUCAUUAUGGGAUAGAGGACUUCUAGCCUUCAUGUGACAGGGACUGGUACGCCUCGAUGAUGAGCCACUGGACUCUUUCCCUGCCAAGAGUCUUCCCUUGGGAAAGGGUUAAGGCAAAGGGAAUUUUGCAGACUCCAGCAUUGAAUGCGGCUGCACGAUCCCCUGUCCUUCCCUAUUUCAACCAACCCCAGUCUGCCUGAGACAGGGAUUUCCUGGGCAAAUUAGGGGAUUUUUAAUCCUGUUGAGGAAACGGGAGGGGCAUUGGUGAACACUACUCAACUGCUGGAACAAGGCCCUCAGAAUAUAGAGGAAGGCGUGGGCAUCCUUGGGCUGAGGAACCCAUCCCUCCAGACCACAGCCGCCUCCAGCUUUCAGACUUUACCUAGGAAUGGAACCAUGUGGUGGCUGUGCCUUGGCUCCUAGAACCUGUGCCUUCUGCCUGAGUCACUGGGUAACUGAGGUUUUUGCCUGCCCCUUGGGGAGAAGAAAAUUGUGGGGAGGGAAGAGGAGGGUCUCUCCAGACUUUGACCCCCUGGUGGAGGUGUGAGGGACAGAGUACAUGGGGUCCUAGUAGGGACAUUAUUCCAUGGGCUCCCCUAAGGAUUAGGUGACCACCAGUAUCUCAUUCCCAGAGGCUCAGUUGUGUAGGCACCCCCAGAAGUCUCUUCUCCCUGGAAGAGAAGAAAGGUACAUUAGAAAUAUACAAUCAACUCUUAACUCCUCCCCUCAGUCUUCCUGCCCCCACGCCAGCUGGACUGGCUACUAACAUUUGGCUGAGGGUCUGUAGAAGGGUGGCUGUUUUCCCACUCCUUGGGCUUCUCUUGUUUCCCCUGCUGAUGCUGGUCCAUCCCUGCCCAAUCCUGGUCCUCCACCAUCACCAUGGAGUGGUGACCGAAAGCAGGGCUGAUGGGUGGAAGUUUCAGGAAAGAAGAUCUGAGCUCAAGCGAAGGAAGAACUUCAUGAUCAGAGCUAUCCCACAAUGGAGCAGGCUGUCUUAGGGGUCCUUAUGUCCUGAUCACUAGAAGUGUUGGGCAUAGACCAGAAGACCAUCCAAGAUAAAAGCUGUAAAGAGGAUCCCUGCAGGGGAUGGGAGGUUGGGUUAGGUGAUUUCUGAUGUCCCUACCAACUCUCAGCUUUGAAGAUUCCCUCUAGUAGGUCACUGAACUAAGCGGUCCUUGGCAGAGCCAACUUUGUGAGGUUAUUCUCUCCUCCACCCAACUAGGACCUAGGGAGAACCCUGGGGUCUGGGCGGUCAAGAUAGGGAGGCCUGCUUAAAGACUCCAGCACCCACCUCUGAUGCUUACUACCUGGUUUUCCUUGAGCAAGCCAUUUAGCUUUCUGGUGCCUCAGUUUCCUCCACUAUAAAAUGAGAGGGUUGAACUGGAUGGCCUCUGGGGACUGUUCCAGAUCUCAUACAAGAUGAUUCUGGAUGAUCCCCCCACACACACACACACACAGACCUUCCCCAUGGACAGAAGUAGAGCCUGCCAGCAAGUGAGGUGGUCCCCUGUUCAUCUGCCUCUACUUCUUCUAUCCCCAUGACCGGGGAUGCCCUCAACUGUCUCCAUCCACUCACAGGCAAUAGAGGCUACAUUUGGGGCUGCCGUGUGGAACCACUGUCCUAUGUUCCUUCUUCCAACCAUCCGGCACCUUCCUUUAGCCACCCAAAGCGACUCUGGCCUCCCCAUCUCUCAGGCCAGCUGGGGGUCCUGAGCUUGGAAAGUCCCAACACCAUGCAAACAAGGGGGGACUUCCCUUCUUCUGCCCUCCCCCCCGCCCUAAGGGCAUCGGACAGAUAGCACAGGCUCUCUCCUGUGCCCAGGGUGAUUUAGCUUCCUCCAGGCUCAUGUGGAAGGAGAGGAUACAACAUGAACCAGGGAUCAUUGGUUGGGGGAGCCCACAAUGUUGCCGGCUUCACUGCCUCCUGGAGUCUCCUCUCUGGCUGUCUUGCUCACUGUCCUCUCCUGGCCAAGGCUUCGCUUGAGAUUGCAGCGUUUGUGUCUAUAGCAGCAAGUGUGUUUCAAGAUCAUCUGACUGCCCUGUCCUGGACUCUUUCCUCCCCUCCUCCAUUUAGCCUGCUCAGUAGAGGAGAGGCAUGAUGGGAACCCACUUUGUCCGGUGUUUGGUUUUUAAUCUGUGAGCACAGAGAGGCGAGGAUCAUCUGCCCAUUCUCUCCCCCACCCACCCUGUGCCCAUAUCGUGUAGUGGAUAUGCUGGGAGGAGUGAGUUCGGGUUUCCCUGGCCCUCGUGGCCACUGGUGAAGGAUAUGAUUGUGAGACAGUCUGGAGGAGCCAUCGCACUGGGCAGUGACCGGCUGACAUUGAGCUCAGAUCUGGGCUCAGCAUUGCCUGGCCUGGACUCAACUGUCUAUUUCCUCCCCUUAGUUCACCAGUGCCCCUUCUUGCUCCCACUCCCACCCCUGCUAAACCCAGACCAAGAGGACUUUUAAAGCCAGUUUUCCUAAGAGAGGAUGGAUUCCCACUGCCAGGACUGGAAGCAAGGGACUGGUCCAGCUAAGGCACAACAGUUGCCUCUGGGUGUGGCUUAGACCCCAGUGGGGGAGUAUGGGCAGUGACAGGGCACAUGAGCAGGAUGCAGGUAGCUGAAUCUGCUGGGUAUGCCAGCACACGGGCACAUGCACAAAGGAGUACCCCCCUCCUCCUCCUUCCAGGCUUCCUCCACUUCAAACCAGUCUUCCAGAGGAGCCCCUAGAGAUGCUUGGGCAGGGACUGGCCUGAGAAAACCCACUCUGAGCUUCUCAAUUCUAUACCUGAGCCCCUGGAGGGAUGCCUGACUCCUUGUCCCGACUCCUUGUCUAAAGGCAUGGAGGGAGUCAUGGGGGAGGGAGGGAAGGGCACUAAGGUACCAAAGAUACCAUCACCGCUAGCUUACAGGUGUAUACUUAAGACUCACAAUAACUCACAUUUAAACAACUGAGAUACUAUUUUUUACACACUCAACUUUACAUAUCUGUAUAUGGUUUUUGUUUCUUUUUUUAAAUGGAAAGGUUUUAAUAAUAAACAUGGUGCUCUAGCCCUUC